AGGUGAUGCUUCCUAUCCUGACCUUGUUAUUCAAUCUCAAGCUUGCUUCCGCUGGGAAAGGUCCACUUCGAUGUCCGUUUGACUUUCUUUGCCACCAUGAUGGAAUUUGUGAUACAAAUGGGUCAUGCAUCUGCGAGCCUAGCUGGACAGGUGACAUGUGCGAGCUGGAGGCAACACCAUGUCCUAUGCGACCAUGUGUCAACGGGAACUGUCAGCUUGACGCAAAAGGAGAAAAAUUUUGUCAGUGCGAUCACAGAUUCGAGGGAAAGUAUUGUGAGCUUGAUAAAGACGAAUGCGCUUUCAAAGUAUGCCCUGCUGAUGCAGAAUGUUUGAAUCAUAUGCCAAGACACGAUAAAGACAGGGGAUAUUCAUGCAUUUGUCCUACUGGAUAUGUUGGCGAGCAAUGUGAGAUAGAGGUGGACCUCUGCGAACUCUAUAAGAAAAAGGGUGACAACUACUGUCAUAAUGGUGGAGAAUGCGAAGCUCGCCAUGUCUGUAUGUGUCAAGACGGAUUUGGGGGUGCACGCUGCUCACAUCGUGUUCCACUCCGUCAUGAAUACGAGGAGUUCGGCUGCCCGGAGCGUCCUGAAGUUUGUGCAAAACUUUUCGAUGAUGGUAGAUGUGAUGAGAUUUGCAAUCGGGAGUCUUGCCUUUUUGACGGCUUUGACUGUGCUGAGCGCAAUGGCAUUGCAUGCAGAAAUCCUGUUGAUUGUGCUUAUAAAUAUGGAGACGGCAAAUGUGACGAAGAAUGCGCUGGAGCAGAGUGCGGUUACGAUGGUGGUGACUGCGAACAAUCAAAGAGUACAGCUGGCACCGAUGAAAAUAUGAUAGGUGUUGCAGUUGGAGUGCCUCCAGAUGUGGCAGUCAAGAAUCUGAGGCAGUUACAAGCGGAGCUGGCGCAGCGUCUUUACACGCAUGUUAGCAUAGCCGAAGAUAACGAAGGAUUUAUGGUGUACGAGUGGAGCGUCGACGGUGGUCAAGGUAAUCGGAUCUCUGUUAUCGAUGAACAGUUAAUUGCAAGUACCCUGAACGACAGCGCGAACGGUACUAUGGUAUUCUUUGCUGUCGACACCCUUGGCUGUAGACUGCUUCUUCGUCGGAAUCAUAGCAAACACCAAUGUUUCACCGAUCUCCGUCCUGCCACUACUUAUCUGACGCUGGAACUGGCUCGUACGCGACAAGCAAGCACACAAACUCUUCCUAUUCGAGAUAUCACGUGGAGGAAGAAGAGAUCUGAGGUGGGACUAGCCCCAUCUCUGACGUCGCCAACUACACUGAUAGUGAUUUGCAUUGUUGCCGGUGUCCUCAGCUGCAUCGCUUGCACAGGUGUGAUUGUUGUGAUUAUAAGGGUGCGAAAAAGAAGAAGAAGGACAGUGUUUGCGCCGUUUUGGAGAAUUCCAGGUCAAAUCUUGCGGCAAAAAUCAGGUGAAUUACUGAGUGAAAGUAUUUACUGUCCACCAACACCACCAGAGAAUAAUUCCCCAGGAAACGGCAACAAUGAACUCAGAAAGGAUGCUGAUAUGGUGAUGGAGCCAGUCGUGGACGAGGAUUCACCACUCUUGCACGCUGUACGCCGUGGAGACCAUCAGCUGGUUCAACAAAUGAUUCAAAGCGCGGAGAAGUUCGUUGAUGUUAACGGGCUGGGCUUGCUUCAUCAUGCCGUAGCCAACAAUGAUGCGAAAAUGCUCAGCAUACUCGUCGAUUCUGGACAGUUGGAUCUUUUCCAAAGAAACUCGGCAGGACAGUCACCGUUGCUUUAUGCGGCAAAAUCAGCUCAUGCCGAUCUCGAAUGCAUUUCUAUACUUGUGAAAGCUAUAGAUAAAGUGCGCAAGAAACGCUAUGAUGACAUUUUCAGCGGAAACGUUGACGAUGUUGAAGCCAACAGAUAUUUCAGGAGAAAUCUUCUCAAAAUGUUCCCGCUAUACGAUGAAGCUGAAGUCAUGUACUCUCUUACCGAUGCUAUGGGUCGUAAUGUUGUGCAUUACGCCGCUCUUUACAAUGCUCCACAUCAUAUCAACUAUUUCGCAUCUUGCGGUGCAAACAUGAAUCUCAUCGACACACAAGGUGAUGCUCCGAUUCAUCUUGCUGCCAGGAAUGGAAAUUUCGAAGCUAUUGUAGCUCUUAUUCGCUGCAAUUGUGACGUCAAUAUCAAGGACGGUUCAGAUAGAACCGCAUACGAAGUGGCGAAAAUGCAAGGACACUUGACGGUUUGUCGCGUGUUCCAGAUUGCUCAUCUUCCAAAUGGUUCACAUCCGCUGGCCCAUAAUAAUCAACCAUAAUAGAAUUUUUACAAGUUAAUUCAUCCCUCAGUUUUCACGAUCAUCUAUCGUUCAACGUGCUGAGUCUCAGAACAAUGAUCUCUUUCAAGCAUCUGAUACUCACUGG